UUUGCCUUGGUACAAGGCAACCAUUAAGAUCCAAGCAUAAGGGUAGAAACCAUCCUGGACCAGGCAGGUCAUCCCCGCAACAUAACUAACUCUGGAAGCUUCAACUAAAGGUUUGAGAUCGCUUUUUUUCUACACAACAAAACACUAGGCAAGGAAAAAUCCUAUCAGAAAAUCACAAUGUUAUCACAUUCUGCCAUGGUCAAAGAGAGGAAACAACAAGCAUCAGCCAUUAUGGAUGAAAUACACAGAAAUGAAUCACCUAGCUUAAACCUUGGUAAAAAAGUCAGCACCCCCAGAGAUAUCAUGGUAGAGGAACUAUCGACACUCAGCAACAGAGGUGCAAGACUCUUCAAGAGACGUCAGCGGAGAUCUGACAAAUACACAUAUGAAAACUACCAUUACGUAGCAAACAAGCCAAGAAAUCGCGGAGAGCCCAUACAGAGUGUUAGAAUGGAUGGACUCAGUGUGGAAGGGAUUCCCCAGCAUGCCCCAAUGACACCUCCUAAUACUCCUGAUCCCCGGAGCCCACCACAUCCUGACAACAUUGCCCCAGGAUAUUCUGGACCACUGAAAGAAAUUCCUCCUGAAAAGUUCAACACUACUUCUGUGCCAAAGUAUUAUCAGUCUCCUUGGAUAGAAGCUAUUAGGGAUGAUCCAGAGCUGCUGGAAGCUUUAUAUCCUAAACUUUUUAAACCUGAAGCAAAGCCAGAACUGCCUGACUACAGGAGCUUUAACAGAGUUGCCACUCCUUUUGGUGGUUUUGAGAGAGCAUCAAAGCUGGUGAAAUUCAAGGUACCAGAUUAUAAUCUACUGAUGCUAAAUGAUCCCAGAUUCAUGAUCCUCGCAAACCCUCUUGCUACCAGAAGAUCCUUCAAUAGGACUCCAAAAGGAUGGUCAUCUGAGAACAUUCCUGCAGUGUUCAUUCAGCCUUCAGAUUCUGACACCGUUCCAGAAACAGACGACCUGUGAGAGAAGCUGCACUCUACAUCAUACAAAAAGCUGAAAGCUGCACAACCACGUAUUUUGGUCCAAUUAUUACUAAAGGCUACCAACAAAAUUCUUCCUUGGCAGCUGAAGUAUGAAUAAUAAUAUCUGAUGCAGUGUCUCUUUUCCAGCACCUAAUUUCAUCUGUAGACACAAUAUAAAUAAAAUAUUCUGGCAAAUAUGA